CUUACUAGCCUUGGCGGAAAGAAAUGGGGGCGAUUCUAGGGAUUCGGAAAAGCCCUGGAAUCCAAUCGGCAUCCCAUUACCACAGCUCCUGGGGUCGACGGAAGUAAAUAAAUUCCCUCGAUCAGAAAAAUGACUGCUCGCCGUUAAGGUCGGAGGAAGAGGAAGAAGAAAAAGAGAGCGAAUCAAAGAAAUGGGGAUACAGGGGCUUUUGCCACUUUUGAAGUCGACGAUGCAGCCAAUCCACAUCAAAGACUUACAGGGCUGUUGCGUUGCUGUUGAUACCUACUCUUGGCUUCACAAAGGCGCCUUGUCCUGCAGCACGGACCUCUGCAAAGGGCGACCCACCUCCAGGCACAUUGAGUAUUGCAUGCACAGGGUGAAUUUGCUGCGGCACUAUGGUGUUAAACCUGUUCUCGUCUUUGAUGGAGGUUUUCUGCCGAUGAAACUCGAACAAGAAAACAAGCGUGCAAGGUCAAGAAAGGAAAACCUUGCCCGUGCGAUCGAGCAUGAGGCUAAUGGAAAUUCUACUGCAGCUUAUGAGUGCUACCAGAAGGCUGUUGAUAUAUCGCCUUCAAUUGCGCAUGACCUAAUCCAGGUCUUAAAGCAAGAGAAUGUAUCAUAUGUUGUGGCUCCUUACGAGGCAGAUGCACAAAUGACAUUUUUGGCAGUAAAUAAGCAAGUGGAUGCAGUUAUAACUGAGGACUCGGAUCUUAUAGCAUUUGGAUGUCCUAGAAUCAUAUUCAAGAUGGACAAGUAUGGGCAAGGUGUUGAGUUUCAGUAUUCCCGGCUUCACAAGAACAGGGAACUAUGUUUGGCUGGAUUCACUAACCGAAUGGUUCUAGAGAUGUGCAUUCUGAGUGGUUGUGACUAUUUGCAGUCACUGCCUGGUAUGGGCCUGAAAAGGGCUCAUGCAUUAAUUUCGAAGUUCAAAAGUUACGAGAAGGUAAUCAAGCAUUUGAGAUAUAGCACAGUCACUGUUCCUCCUCUCUACGAAGAAUUAUUCAGGAAAGCAAUAUUAACUUUCCAGCAUCAACGGGUGUAUGAUCCUGUUGCUGAGGAUAUUGUACAUUUGUCUGACAUUCCUGAAAGCCAGGAUGGUGAUGCAGACUUUCUUGGCCCAUAUCCUUUAAAUUUCUUAUCUUAUGUGGCCAAAGGUAUUGCUACAGGUGAUCUGGAUCCGUUUACCCAAAUGUCAUUCCAGGGAAGGAUUGCAACUGCUGCAGCUGGGCUUAGUGGAACUUCCAAAGUCAAGACCUCUAAGCCUGAAAGUACAGCACAUAAGAUUGAUCUGCCAGUGCAGAAGAAUCUCCUGACUAAUUACUUUUGCUUUGCAUCUAUUGAAGCCAAGAGAAAAUUCAAGGCACCCCGGAAGUCACCUACGAGUACAAGUGCAUUGGAUAUGUCUUCCCUAAAAGAUUAUUGUGAUUCUGGCCGAAUUAGCUGCUCUUCACCAUCCGACCUUAACUCUGAGAACCUGUCUACCAUAUCUCCUCAUGCUAUGGUGGAAAGCCAAGGCAAACCCAAGUUUUUUGAACCUCCAAGUUCUGUACUGGAGAAAGAAAGCAUGGGACAUAUGCCCCUCAAAGCUUUUGGGCAAUCACUGAAUCAAUCUGGUCAAGCGGUACUGAAAGAGUGUGAUUCCAAGAACUAUCAAAGUACAGCCCAAGGAGUGACACAAGGAGCAGAACGCAGAAAGGUCAUUGUCAGGAGUCGUUACUUCCAACAUAAGCCCAUUAACGCAGACAGCCACGCGAGUAUUGAAGAGAGAGCUCACGACAGUUACAACGUUUUGAGUGAUCUGUCCAAAGGAAAAGGUGUUUUGAGUCUCUCUGCCAUGGCAGAGAAAGAAGCCAAUGGUGCAGAGAGCAGACAAGAAAGUCUACUUAAUGUGGAUGUAGACAGUGAGGAGCACAGAAUAGAACGCAAAAAGGUCAUUGUUCGGAGCCGUUACUUCCAACAUAAGCCCAUUAACAAGGACAGCCAAGAUAGUAGCAUUGAGAGAGCUCAUUGCAAUAACAAUAUUUCAUGUGAUCUGUCCAAAGAGGACGAUGAUCUGAGUCUUUCUGGCAUGACUGAGAAGAAGACUGAUGUUGCAGAGAGCAGGCAAGAAAGUAUACUAAAAGGGGAUGCAUACAGUGACAGAGAACAAGAGGGUAUUGCAUUAGAAAGUGCUGGUUUUGGCGAAAAUAAUACCAAUGAAAGCACAUUGAAAAGAAAGACCUCUCAGAACGGCAACACGGAUAAAGCCAAGAGAAGAUCCACCUACUUCUGCAACAAUGCUUCUUCUUCUUCUCCUACUCCACCUGUGGAACUCGGUGGUGGUUGCUCUUCCUUUGAGACUGAUGAAGAGCUCACAGAGAAGGAAUCUGGAGGAGGCAAAUUCGGAGCCAACAUCGAGCAUUUGAGCCAAUAUUCCAAGAUAGCAGAGAAGUCAGUAGACAGAUUUGCAUCGAUGCUGUCAUCGUUUAGAUACUCGUCUUCUGGUUCUCGUGCUAGCGGUCUCCGAGCCCCUCUGAGGGACAUCAAGAACACCUGUGCCAGCAGGUCAACAACUGUUCCCGACUUCACCAAGUUUGCUUAUACUCCAAAGAACAAAGGGGCUGCUGCUUCAUCCAAGAGACGAUGAAAUGAACAUAGAAACAUGCGUUCACCGUUAUGCUGUCUUGAGUUUCCAUUAGAGAUCUGCCGUCACUGAAGAUGUUAGACUACAUGAGAAUAAUGCUAAGAUAGGUCUGAUGUCAUUAGUACUUGCUCCAAUUUGGUAGUAACACAAAUGAUUCUGUAAACAGAGUACUGCUGCACUCUUAAUAUUCACAAUCUGAUAGUUAUCCUACAAUUUGCCAGGUAGGUAAAAACUGAACUUCUGCCUUGCUUUAAUGUUGUAGUUAUCCUACAUCGAAACACGAGUACAUCAAAACGUAAUAGAAGUUCAGAGUAAAUGACUAUAAAGGAAUAAAUACG